AUGGCAACAGUGUCCCUGCAAAAGCAAGAAGGUCACUUAGACUCGCUCGACAAGCAGGAGUCUGUGGUGGACGCCUGCCUUGACCAAAAAGCCCCCAGGGGAGAGCCAGAAGAUGGCACUGAAGUGUUCCAGGGAUGCAAGGCUCAAGGCCAAAUUAGAGAGACCGUGACAGAAUGGGUACAAGCUCCCCAGCAGGCCGAGUCUCAUGAAGAACCGGAUGAGUUUAAGAUGAUGAUCAGACAAGGUGCUUUCUCCAGCUUGGAAGGAAAGGAGCUAGAGUUGCCCAGUGAUGAAGAUAUCAAGCCAGAACAAUCCUCAUCUUCAGCUACUUUGGCUGACGGCGAAGAAGAAGAAACCAACACGUGCAGUUCCAAGGUGUGUUCACACUGCACCGACUCAACCUCAACUGUUAUUUCCUUACACGGCCAGAAGGAGGUGCUAGUGUCUCAAGAGCAAAAUGAGCUCACCUCCAAGGGAGGGAACCAGGAAGCUGCACAACAGGUGCUCGGCCAGAACUCUGCACCUUUGUCUGGCGUUGCCAUGGAGACACCCAAUCAGGGCGAGGUGACUUCCAAAGGCUCCGUCUGCGUUGUCACAGUGAGAGAAAGGCAAGCAGACGGGACAGGGGAAAGGGCAGAAGGGGAAAGCGAAACAGGAGAACAGUACCACAAGUUGCUGGGACGGGAGCAAGGCAAACUACUGGUGCCAUCUAAAGAACUUGUCCAAACACAGGACGGGAAGAGAGACAAUAAGGACAUUGCUGAGUGUCGUAUCAAAAUGGAGAGCGACUCAAGUGACGAUAGUGGAUUAUCCGCAGACUUCUCCCCACGUAGCGCUUCGAACAUCCAAGAAACUCAACCCAAAGAGACCCCCAUCGAGAGGGAGAUCAAACGGGCCAUUGAGCGAGAACAUAGUUUAAGAAGAUCUCGGGGUCUUCCGAAUGCCUCCGCAGAGUACGUUGAGAUCCCCCUGAUGAAAACCGUUCUCAUCAACCAGACCGUCGCCGCCAAGUCGGAGAAAUUCCAUGGCGUGGACAGGGAACUGGCAGGAAAAAUCAUGCAACAUGAAAUCCACGAGGACGUCGGCCGCGAGCAAGAUCUGGUCAAGUUGGGGAAGGUUCUCGGUUUUUAUGAUAAGGGGACGGUUCGACAACUGAAGGAGAAGAAAGAGCUUUUUGAAGCCUUUCAAAACCGCAGGGAGUCAUCCCUGAGUAUGUCUGUUGGAAGAAGAACCAGUUCCUCCAGUUCAGACAGUCAUGAUGAGACCUCAUCACAGGCGUCAACUGUGAAACGAUCAGAGAAGAGACAGAGUAUAGAACCUCCGGGAGGUCCUUACGCGUCUUCAACUCCCAAAGGACCCGGUCUAUCCGAGGGAAUGUCUUGCCAGGUCAUCAUCAUGGAGAACAAGUCGAACGCCCCGGCAUUGAAGCACCCCCUCACCAAUGCAGAGGGACAUGAUCAAAAUGCAGAAGCUGCCUACGUCCUCCCAUCCUGUUCUGGAGGGUACAAUAUAGAGGUGGAGACCGAUGAGAUGCUGCCCAAGAAGAACCCUUUCUUCAAGUUGCGAUCUCUCACUAAUGCUAUUGAGGUGGAGCGGGAUAUCCGGGAAGCUCAGGAGAGGGAGAAAGAACUCCGCAAGCAGAGGAUCAACCUUUAUGGGGGAGGAGGAGGUGAUGGGAGGCCGGUCGGCAUGGAUAGGAGCCUCCGAGCAUCUGGUCUGGAUUCUUCGGGGUCUGAUGGGCGCAGCAGACACACCGCAGCUCAUCAAUCUGCUGGAAAACCCGGUAUGUGGCCCCCGCUGGACCGGGACCGCGGAGACCAAGUGAACCAGCAAAAAGUGGUGCGGGGCUCCCACAGCUCCAGACACAAGACCCCCUUGGUGCAUUUGUGGGAGACGGGACAAGUCAACGGACACAACCCGCACGAGGAAUGAUGAGGAGAAAGGUUGUGAAAAUGAGGAAAGGGUCAAGAUUGUCAAACGGGGUGGGAAAAAUGACUUGAAACAAAUUGCACUUGUAGACGCUUAAUCACAUUUAUUAGAAUAUUCUCUUGUAUUUAUCUGAAAUCAUAAAAAUAAAAUCUAGGUCCUGAUCGACUCUGAAUCAACCAGAUCAUCUAUUUGGUCAAUAUUGGGUCUUUUAAAUCCAAAAAUGAUUCUGCCAAAAUGUUUGCUUUUUUUUAACACAUGAAAAUGAUUACGACAAUCAAUUUAGCAACAUUUUCCACUCUGUUGUAUAGUCAAGCAAAUGUUGAAAGACAGUCUUAAAAAAAUAAGAAUGUAUAAAAGUAAACAUUUCUGUAAAUUCUUUUUGUAAAAAAUGUUAUUUAAAUGUAUGGGGGUUUUUUUUCUUCAUAAUCAGUCAAUCAGUUAUUGAAAUUUUAUUGUCAAAUCAGAAUUGAAAAAUCCAAAAAUCCUCAUUAAAAACAAUCAAACCGUUAUUCUUUUUAUUCCAUCUCACUUUAUAAUCCGUGCAAUCAAAUGUCAUCCAGGGCAACAUCCAUCCCAUAAAAGCCACCUUUUAGUGCUUAUCCAAGCUAGUUUUUAACGUAAUCGAGCAAGCACUGACGAGAUUUAGCAAUACGUGUUUCUAAUGUGAACUUUUACUGCAAAUCUUGAGCUAAUGAAGUCCCUAUUCACUCUGAUUUAAAAAAAAAAAAGAA